UCAUUAUCCGGAUUUGUUAGUUGUAUUAGAAGAUACAAAUUAAUCUCAAUUUUUAAUCCCCGAAGCACCGUGCAUCCGCCCCAAACAUAUGUACAAAAUCUCCUAAUCUUGGGGGCUAUUUUUGACCUUUAAACAAAUUGAAAUUGGAAGUGAAUGGAAGAACGCGAUGUUGUAACAAUGGACACAGAAUCAAAGCAAUUAGAAGCUUCAUUACAUAAUUUAAUUCAACUUCACAAUCACAACUCUCUCAUACUCACCCAUCAAACAGAAAAAGCGAAGAAAGAUGCAAUUAGAAAAGCGGAACGCGUUUCUGAUCUGUUGGUUGAAGCAGUGAAUGGUGGUGUGCAAGAUUCCUUCCUUAUUCAGAAGCGAAUUGAGCUUGAAAUUCGUGCUCUUGCUGUCACUAUUACUAGGUUCACCAAACAAACUGAUCAGUGGCUUAAUGCUACUCAUUCUCUCAAUACAGCUCUCAAGGAAAUCGGAGACUUUGAGAAUUGGAUGAAGACCAUGGAAUAUGAUUUUAAAAAUAUCAAUGCAGCUAUACAAAACAUUCACCAAGAUUGAUCUUGCAGGUUGCACCAUGUUUUCGUCCAAAUCAUCAUGAAAUUCUAAUCCCUUUUCAUUCAUUUUUCUAUAGUAGGCUUAAUUUUCAAUAUGAUGUAAAGUUUAAUUCGAUAACAGCUUGUUUCUCACCACAAUGAACUUAAAGAAGAAGCAACCUUGUAUCCUUUUCUCAAUGUAAAUUGUGUUUUCUUUCAUGAAUAUUUCAUUAUAAAAUAGAGAUGCUUUACCUGAGGUUGAUGAUAA